AUGGCUGCCCCUACUGCCUUUGUCUUAACUGGUCAAGAACAGCAGGUCCUACUUCCGGAAGAAGAGGAGGAAAUGAAAUUCACAGAAAUCAAUCUGAAAACAUGGGCUGUUCUCCUAGCAAUCCCCAUAUACCUCUGGGGCAGAAAAGAAAGCAGAAAAGACUCACCUCCUUACACCAGGGAACUAACCGUCCAGCUGAGUGAGUGUGGUACCUGCAUGGGCAAUGAAUACUGCUUCAAGACAGCACAAAAGUGGAGGCCACGACAGGAUGAAGCCUAUGAACACAGUCUUAUGCCUAUUACACUAAAGGUGGCUGGGGGGUUGGAGAUUGCUGCCCCCCCCCUCCCCGCAGGGCCUCGGGAGGAUGAAGGGGCCAACUCGGUCUCUGCUCCCUGGGGAUCUGGCCGGAAUUCCGGAAUUCUUGCCGCCCAGCGCCAAGAAAGCGGGUGGCCACAUCGAAGUUUCUCAACGGGAGGAGCGGAUUCGUCUGGAGACGCCGCCUUCUCCCCGCGCCUCUUCUUCCAGCACCGCCACACGGGCCCUGGAAGGAUCCCGCACCCUCCGCUCAGUCCCCGCUUAGUCUCUGCUCCGGGCUGGCGGCCUUUCUCCACCUGCCCGGGCGGGGGCGCCAGAGGGGACGAGGGGGGACUGCAGGGAAAGGGGCGGGUUCGGGGGCACUGCGCGGGGCAGGAGGUGGUGGAGCCGGUGGUUGGCAUCGCUGGAGGCAGAGGGGACCAGGAGCGGGAGAAACCGGGGCCGGAAAGGCGAGGCGGGGCUGGGGCUGGGGCUGGGGCGGCUGCGGGGCGGGGAGGGGGAUGCCGAGGGGCUGGGCUGGGGCAAGGUCUGCAGGUGCGGCGGGCGGAUCAGCGGCACCCGCUGCAGACGCGGUCGGUGAAACGUCGUCCCGGCCCCAGCGCGAGCAGCGGCUCCGGGUGGACCUCGCAGGGAUGAGGAGCGGCCGGAUCCUGCCGACUCGACUGCUCGGGGCCGCCCCAGGGUGUGGGCGGCCGGCAGGGACUGCGGAAUUAUGGCAGCAGCAAGUAAGAAGAUAAUGAUCCUGAGAAUCAGCACCCAAGACCAGUGGUCAGUCCAGCAGGAAAGAGAUAAAAGUGGCAUGGGACAAAUGCCACCCUCGCCUCUGGGGACCGUCACCCAGACACCAAGCAGGAAGACGAAGCUCAGGUCAGGUCACGUUCAUCAUGGCUGAACUCCAGGUAGUCACCUGUGGUGCAGAGAAAGUGGCUGGCUCAGAUGUCCAGGCCUGUGAGUGGGAACAAUGAGGGGACUUUCUCUGAAGCUUGCAUUGCACUUAUCCGCAGCGGGGAAGGGGUUGUGGAAUGACCUCUCUCCUUGUGAACUCCAGCAGAGCAGUUUUGUUGUGUGUCCGUUUUCUAUUUUUCUUGUUAUUGUUUUGUUUUCUAAUUUUACAAUUGAAAAUGGUAUAUGACCAAGUUUACUCUUCUCUCCUUGGAGACUGAAUCAUUUUUCAAAUCUUGACUGACCAUCUUCUCUUUCUCAUGGAGCAAUCGUCCCUUCCUGUGUUUAGAAGUGCAGUGCUGUGUUGAGCAGACAGACAUGACUGUGAGUCCCUGGCCGUCUUCCGUUUCUCAUGGAGGAAUAGUCCCUUCCUGUGUUUGAAAGUGCAGUGCUGUGUUGAGCAGACGGACAUGGCUGUGAGUCUCUGGGCUUGUGCCCCGGCCCAGUCAUUGCCUAGGUAACUCCCUCCCCACGGGCACCUGGCCUCUCUCUGCUUUACUUUCUGAACCUGUAAAAUGGGUAGGAGGAUGGUAGGGCCUACCUCAUAGAGCUCACGAGAGGAUUGGUACAGAUAAAAGCACUCAGAACACUGGCUGGAAUAUCAUAGGUCCUCGUCCAAUGUUCAUUACCAUUAUAAUUUAUAAGCAUCUUUUUAAAGUAUCAUAAUAACUUUUUAUGUGGAUGAAAAGAGUGAUAGAAAUUUUCAACAUCAUGAUGUGAACAGACCCUGGAGCACGCUUGGGUGGAACCUGGAACUUUGGGUUAUUGAAGAGCCUGCUAGAACUAGUUCUAACAGCUGAGAUAUAGAAUCAGCCCAGGUGUCCAAUAAUACAUGAAUGGAUGAAGUAUCCAGGGAGAUACAGGAAUUGAAAAUGUAUAUACACAAACCCUUUAAAAUUUGUGUAUACACAAUGGAAUACUAUUCAGCCAUAAAAAGAAUGAAAUCCUGUCAUUCACGGCAGAAUGGUUGGAACUGGAGGACGCUGUGUUCGGUAAAACGAGCCAGGAACACAAAGUUAAAUGCCUCAUGUUCUCACUUAUUUGUGGAAGCUUAAAAAUGCUGAUCUCAUAAAAGUAAAAGGUAGAACAGAAGAUCCUAGAGGCUGGGAAGGAUCGGAGAAAGGGCGAGAUAGGGAGAGAUUUGUUUAAUAAUACAAAAUUACAGCUAGACAG